AUUAAUUCCACCCUAAAGCUCGAGGAGCUAGAGAUGUCGGCCUUCAUAGGAAAGUACGCAGACGAGUUGAUAAAGAAUGCCAAGUACAUAGCAACACCAGGGAAGAGCAUUCUUGCUGCAGACGAGAGCACAGGAACCAUUGGCAAGCGACUCUCUAGCAUUAACGUUGAAAAUAUAGAGUCCAACAGACAAGCCCUUCGAGAGCUUCUCUUCACCUCUCCCAACGCCCUUGCUUACCUCUCUGGUGUCAUUCUUUUCGAAGAGACACUCUACCAAAAGACCACCGAUGGGAAGCCCUUCGUGGAUGUCCUCCAAGAGAACAACAUUGUCCCUGGAAUCAAAGUCGAUAAGGGCACCGUCGACAUCGCUGGCACCAACGGUGAGACCACUACCCAAGGUUUCGACUCCCUUGCCAUUCGUUGCCAGCAAUACUACAAGGCUGGUGCCCGUUUUGCCAAGUGGCGUGCCGUCCUUAAGAUUGGUCCCACAGAACCAUCCGAGCUGUCUAUCCAACAGAACGCUCAGGGCUUAGCUCGUUAUGCCAUCAUCUGCCAAGAGAACGGGCUUGUCCCCAUUGUUGAACCGGAGAUUCUCACCGAUGGCAACCACCACAUCAUGAAAUGCGCCGCCGUCACCGAGACUGUAUUGGCCGCUGUUUAUAAAGCGCUUAACGAUCACCAUGUGCUUCUGGAAGGAACUCUCCUUAAACCCAAUAUGGUCAUUCCUAGCUCUGAUAGCCCCAAGGUGGCUGCGGAGGUGAUUGCAGAGUACACGGUUACGGCAUUACGUCGAACAGUGCCACCGGCGGUGCCGGGGAUUGUGCUCUUGUCGGGAGGGCAGAGUGAGGAGGAAGCAACACUGAAUCUAAACGCCAUGAACAAGUUGGAAGUAUUGAAGCCAUGGACGCUGUCCUUUUCCUUUGGGAGAGCUCUGCAGCAGAGCACACUCAAGACAUGGGCUGGCAAGAAGGAGAAUGUGAGCAAAGCUCAAGAGAUAUUCUUGGGAAGGUGCAAGUCUAACUCUGAGGCUACCCUUGGCAAGUAUUCCGGUGGUUCUGGUGGAGAAUUGGCUUCUGAGAGUUUGUACGUUAAGGGUUACAAGUAUUGAUUAAUUAGUAAUUAAUAUUACUGUAAUCCACUCCCAAGUGAAAAUUUGUUCUUCUUCUUCUUCUUCACCCCUCCUUCAAUUCCCUAUCCUUAUGGACCUUAACUAAACUGAAUUCAUAGUUUUGUAUCCUUGAUCUCA